AGCAUCUCCGUCUUUGGUGUUGAAUUCUAGUGAAGAAAAUGGUUCAAUUCCGCUGCAUCCUCAACCACUUAAUGUGAUUCCCCUCAGCUGGUAUAUCCAUGUACUGGCCCUCCGCUACCAAGCAGUUAUCAUGCUUCAUCACAGAGAGGAGCGGGACGAUCUUAUAAAUCAUACUAAUGACGGGGUUGCCUUUAUUGGAUCAACUUUGUUGGGAAAGGUUGGGCCACUCAUUGGUUCAGCUGAUAUAGCUGAAUCUGAAGAUGCUUAU